UGUUAAUAAUGAAUACACUGAAUACUACGUCUACGGUGAACGUUUCGCCGCCGGUUUCGGUAGUGCACCUCAAUGAUUUACUACCCCGCUUGAACAAGCCCGACGAUGAUCAGGUAGGCGGUGGUACGGUCGACUAUGCGCCUGCCAUUGUAAAUGUGAUUCCCGAUGGUGCCGCCAUCGUUACCGGUGGCACCACAGUACCAAGUGCGAGUCCGGAGGUAGUGCAGGCUGCGCCUGACACUGGUUCACCUGUCGCGGCAGAUAGCGGCACAUCCUUCAUCGCCAACUCUAACCUGGCCAUACUGAAUCGUAUGCUUUCGGCCCAUAUGGGUUCGGGUGGCAAUGGCAGUGGUGGUACCUCCAGCACCAGUACAAACACUAGCAACAAAAAGUGUCCCUAUCAUCGCCAGUGUUCGAGUCACCAUCACCAUUUGCAUCGGCAUCAAUCGCAUCAUGUCCUCGGAAGUUCGUUUGGAGUUGGACCGCAUCGAAACAGGUACGAUGGUAGUUCGGGGAGUAGCAGCAGCAGCAGCAGCAGCAACAACAGCGGCUCACCAUCCGCUUCAUACCCGUUGCGGGAUGCCAUCUCGACGAACGUUACACCGCCGCCGUUAAAUGCUGUUAUUCUUGUCGACCGGUACCUGCUGAUGGAACCGGUCGAAGGAAAUAAUCUGUAUCGGUGCUACGACAUUAAGUCGCACGUGGAGCUUGUGUGCAAGAUCGCGAACAAUCCGUGUUCUAACCUGCUGACGGCCCACUUUCGGCUGGACGGACACCGACACGUCAACGCGCUGCACAAAGUCAUACAAGGCAAUAAUCAAACCUACUUGCUCUACAGUCCUUCGGAGGGCGAUCUACAUUCGUACGUACGAGUGCGUAAACGUCUACGUGAACCGGAAGCUCGGCGAUUGUGUCGGCAAAUGUGCGAAGUAGUAAAAAGUUGCCACGAGCAAGGCAUUGUCUUGCGCGAUCUCAAGUUGCGGAAGUUUGUAUUUGCGGACCGUGAAAGGACGCAAUUAAAACUGGAAUCACUGGAAGAUGCCGUCGUACUCGAUGACCCGGCCGAGGAUCUAUUACAGGACAAACGGGGUUGUCCCGCCUACGUGUCGCCGGAAAUCCUGCGUGUCAAUACAACAUACUCGGGCAAGGCAGCCGAUAUGUGGUCGCUAGGCGUAAUACUGUACACGAUGCUGGUCGGAAGAUAUCCAUUUAACGAUUCUGAACACGCAUCACUGUUUGCAAAAAUUAGCCGCGGUCAAUUCACCGUGCCGGAGUGCCUUUCGUCUAAGGCCCGCUGCAUGAUACGUGCGCUACUCCGGCGUGAUCCGGAAGAACGUAUCGCCUCGGAAGACGUACUUUAUCAUCCAUGGUUGCUGCACGACGACAGCAAAGAUCGUGCCUACGGACUACACGCCGGUAGCCGUGCUAGCAAUAGUAGCGCCGCCCUCGAUGAUCAUUGCGUGCCGGAGUGGUAUGACCCAACGGAAGCUGGCGCUUCAUCAUCACCAUCAUCCUCGCGCAUGCAUUACACCACCGCUGGCGAUCCUUUUGAUAACUAA